AAGCCCCACUCUGAACACCACCAGUCUAGUUUAAUCACAUCACCAUGUCUCCAUUCAACACUGAGCUCCCCACGUUACCAGGCUGACCAUGUUCACCCCCCCUUCUUCUUCGUCACGUUUCAUUACCUGAAUGAAUCCCCCCAUGCAUCCGGUUUGACUUCGUAUAAAUGCCCAUGGGGGAUCUGUGCAGGAUGAGGUCUCGGGGUCACUUUUGUGCCUGCGGCCAUGGCCUAAGCCUCAUCGUAUAGAGAGAGAGAGAGAGAGAGAGGAACAACGGUGUCAGUGUCUCACUCACAUGUCUGUAUCAGCCAUGGCUGAGAGCAGGAAGUGCGCCGUUGCCCGGCCGAGGAAGGCGAGGAGGGGAAUCACCGGCAGGUGCGCGGCGCUCGUGAAGGAGCAGCGGGCCAGGAUCUACAUCUUGCGCCGCUGCGCCACCAUGCUGCUCUGCUGGUAUAUCCAUGGAGAUGACUGAACUAAAAGCUGGGGACUUGCAUGGCGCAGCCUGCAGUCCUCAUGCAGUGUAGCAUCCAUUGUUUUGCUAUCUUCCACUACUGCUGCUCUUGGCCCUGGUUAUAUCUACUGGACACCACCAGAUGCUACUACUUCCUCUUCUUCUUCUUCUUCUUCUUUGAACAUGUUUUGCACCAUGGUCUUUAGGCAUGGUUUUUGAAUCUCCUUCUUCUUCUUCCUCUUCUGUUCCACCACCACCUCCUCCUCCUUCUUCAUCUUUUUUGUCCAUUCCAUGGUCAUUCUCUUUCUUUUUUUCCAGUUGCACAGUUCAUGGGACUGGGUGUAGCUGCACCAUCAGCAGUGUGGGGAGGACUGGAUGCAUCAUGGCUGGUGUUGCUAGUGAUUGCAGUCUUGAGAAGGCCUAAUUGGAUGAUCUACUGCUCUUUUCCUUCUUUUUUGUAUCAGCUCUCGUGGUUUUGAGAUGGACCAAAGAGGCUUCAUGUAUCAUAUACAACUACUGCUGCUGAUAUUUAUGUGAACUACUUAGCAAUGGGAUUAACAAUAACUCUAUGUAAUGAGUUCCAUUGCCUGUGUUGAACAUUUACAGUCAAUAUUAAUGUCAUUCAAUAAAUUAGGUGGGCAUUUAA